CCCGGAUCCUGCCAGUUGCUUCCGAGGCAAUGAAUCUAAGUUAGUCUUUGAUGUCGAUUGAUCUUGUGUUACUCGCGGCGAAUGUGAGGAUUUGCCUUGCAGACCAGGAAGGGGUGCCAAGUCGCGAUUGGUUGUUGACGGCAUUGUCCGACUGGCAACCGGGAUAUCUCAUCAACAAAGUGUCAUACACUGAGUGCAUUGUCUCUCUUGUGACCGUUUGUCAAAGUGAAAGUAAACUAUGACACCUUUGUUGUCUUUGACAAGAGGUUUAUCUCACUUAUACUUGAUGGAGUUUCCGAAGAAGGAAGAGGCUAUUGCCCUGCCAUACGCGCCAUAUGCUGCAGGCGUUCACAUAUGGUUUGAACGGGCCAGUAUAUCAAUACCACGGCACCGCUGCAUAAUGAACAGGGAAUCGGUAACUUUAAUUGAUCUAUGAAUGCGUGCUGACCGCCUAGUCGUGCAU